AAUCCACCGAAACCACUCAAAAUGAGCUUGUUUCUCGGUUGUGUAUGGACAGCUUUUGCCAGUCUUUCGAUCAACUGUAUGAAUGGACAGCUGAUACUACCGUUGCCAGAUACGGUCUUCAGCCGAUCGUCCGAAGAGAAGGUUGAACUUUCGUGCGGUGAGAUGUUUAACCUUACCGAUCCACGGAACUGCUGCAGCAUACCGUAUCUGCUGCCGUCGGACGUUUUGGAACCGUGUCUGGAACAAACUCCACUCACGCCAAAUGCCUUGGAAGGUGAAAAUUGUCGCGCAGAGUGUAUCUUCAAUCGUACGAACAUCCUGAUGGACGGACACUUUCAGCUAGAGACGGCGGGGUCACAACUCACCAAAGCCAUCGGCGCGGACAGUUUGCUAGCGGCGCAUAUACGCUACGCCAUUAAUAAAUGUUACCUACUGUAUUCUCAAGAGAUGGACACCAAUCCAUUCCGGACCUGCUCACCGAAGGCGCGCCUCAUGUUGGACUGCAUAUUUGCCAUAACGUACAGAAAAUGUCCAGCGCAAUAUUGGAACAAAAGGGACGAAUGUGUACUGUUGGUGCGUACGCUGAACGAAUGUCCGUACUUUUUGGUACAUUCAGAUAGUUUUUAAAAUCGGGUUUUUUUUCGGACGUAUCAACCUCACCCUACACAGGGACACAUUUUAAAUACAUAUAUUUGGUUUGACUUACGUAGUACUAAUCAUAAACCUUUCCUAACGGGCACAUGCUGCAUGGCAUGUCCUAUUGGCUCUUCUCUUGGGUGCAAAUUGAGGAGGGGGGGGGGGGGGGC